AAUUGAGAAAACUUUGGAAUGUAGUGCCCUAGAACGUAUUGGGUAUUGAAACUAGAAAAGCAAUUUUAGUCACCUUUGUUCUAAACACUUGAGAAAGGAAAUGGCUCUACCAGGUCCAUGUCUGCAACAAUCAUGGCAAGAGCUACACAAAAUAGCAUUCAAUCAAGUACUCCUCUCACUUAUUUUCCUCAUCUCUUUACUAUAUGUUUUCAAGCGACUGAGAAGUGGCAAACUCAAUUUACCUCCAUCCCCACCAAAACUACCAAUCAUUGGCAACCUACAUCAGCUUGGCACACUCCCGCACCGUUCUCUUCAAGCCCUUUCUAACAAGUAUGGCCCUCUAAUGUUCUUAUACUUGGGCAAUGUUCCAACCCUUGUAGUGUCAUCCCCAGAUAUGGCUAGAGAAAUGAUGAAAACACAUGAUAUCAUUUUCUCGAACCGACCCCAAACCAUAGCUGGCAAUAUUUUACUUUAUGGAUGCAAAGACAUAGGGUUCUCACCAUACGGUGAGUAUUGGAGGCAAGCUAAGAAAAUCUGUGUCCUCGAACUUUUGAGCCUCAAAAGUGUACAAUCCUUCCAGUAUGUAAGGGAAGAAGAAGUUGAAGCAUUGAUUAACAACAUACGCGAAUCGUGUCUCAAAGGGGCUUCUGUUAAUCUAAGUGAGAUGUUGAUUGCAACCUCGAACAACAUAAUCUCUAGAUGUACACUUGGACAAACGUUUGAAGGAGAAAACGGUAAGAGCAGGUUUGGACAACUGACAAGAAGAGUAAUGGAGCUAUUUUCAGCAUUUUGUAUUGGAGAUUUUUUUCCUUCUUUGGGAUGGAUUGAUGUUCUUACGGGAUUAAUUCCAAGUCUGAAAGCUACUAUUAGAGAAUUAGAUGUUUUUUUUGAUCAAGUGAUUGAAGAACACAAGACAGAGAAAAGUGAUGAUAGCCAACCUAAUAAGCUUGAUUUAUUGCAUAUUCUCCUCCGACUUCAAAAGAAUGGCAUGCUCGACAUUGAGCUCACGAAAGACAACUUCAAAGCAAUUCUAAUGGACAUGUUUGUGGCAGGAACUGAUACCACUGCAACAGUUUUGGAAUGGUUAAUGGCAGAGCUGAUAAAAAAUUCAAGUAUCAUGAAGAGAGCACAAGAAGAGGUGAGAAGAGUGGUGAGUAAGAAGUUAAAGAUAGACGAGAAUGACAUCAAUAAAAUGGAUUAUUUGAAAUGUAUCCUUAAAGAAACUCUAAGACUGCAUCCACCAGUUCCUCUCUUGCUACCUCGGGAAACAUUAACAAGUGUGAAAAUUGGAGGUUAUGAUAUUCCACCAAAAACAAGAGUAUAUACUAAUACAUGGGCAAUGCAAAGGGACCCUAAAGUAUGGGAGAGGCCAGAAGAAUUCCUCCCGGAGAGAUUCGAAGACAACCCGGUUGAUUUCAGAGGCCAAGACUUUGAAUUCAUCCCAUUUGGAGGUGGGAGAAGGGGAUGUCCGGGGUUGACAUUCGGCGUUGCUUCAAUUGAAUAUGUUGUUGCAAACAUCUUAUGUUGGUUUGACUGGAAGUUGCCUAGUGCUAGUGUAGAGGGGGAGGACUUAGACAUGAGUGAAUCUAACGGCCUUACUGUGACGAAGAAAAUUCCUCUUCAUCUUGUACCAAUACUGCACUCUCCAUCUAUGUAUGCAUCAAGUGCCUUGUAACUUUUCUUCCUUUACUUGAUCUGUUUUAACGUUUGCUGUCUGUUUGAAUUAAUGUAAGGGAAAGUGACUUCAACCUUAAGAAUAAUAAUAAUAAUUAG